AUGCAACGAACGCAGGGAAGCGCACUGAUCGGGCUGGCUCUGUUCGCCCUCGGUUUUGGCGUGGUUUGGGCCAACCUGAAUGCAAGCGGUGUGCAGACGUCGAAGCAGAGCUACUAUUUUGGCACUAAAGAUGCCUCCGAUAUCCUGUGCUUUUCGAAAACGCUCUUGAAGGGGUCCACAUUACCUCAGGAUGUUACAUACACCAAUCCUGUGAUGGCUAAGAACAUCAAGUUCAUCACUUUGGAGGCCGAUAAGUAUUCCUCGCACGGGUACACGGCGGAUAUUACGAGUGGUGCAAUCGGGACGACGACGGUGACACUUAAAAUCAACGGGAAAUCAAUUUUACCGUAUUCCAUUCACAUAAAAUACUACUGUGUUAAAUAA